AUGUUCCUCGGCAAAACUGGCCCUGCACUUCGUCGUGCAUAUCAAACAGCUGUUUCCAAAGCUGAUAUUGCUAAGCGCUCGGCAGCUUACGAAGCAGUGAACCAAUGCUUAAACUCCUCCGCGUUGAAUAGACGUGUCGUAGGACUAGGAUCCGGCACCACCAUUGAAUUCGCUAUUGAACGCAUCAAGCAGCGAAAAGAACUGCACGAUCUCAUUUUCAUCCCUACCAGCUUUCAAACGCAACAACUCAUUUUGAAGAACAAACUGAGACUCGGAUCACUCAAUGAACAUCCUGUCGUUGAUCUCACCAUUGAUGGAGCGGAUGAAGUGGAUCCAAAGCUGAAUGCCAUAAAAGGUGGUGGUGCGUGUCUAUUUCAGGAAAUGCUCGUAGCCCGUGCCUCUGAACGAUUCAUUCUGAUCGCUGACGAACGGAAACAAUCCAGGCAACUCGGAACACAGUGGACCCGCGGAAUCCCUGUGGAGGUGAUGCCGAUGGCCUUGACGACGGUAACAAGACAACUCAAAUCCGUGUUACCUUCUGACGCGACGGUCAAGCUGCGGAUGGCGACUCCCACCGAUAAAGCAGGCCCAGUGGUCACGGAUAAUGGUAACUUUAUUCUCGAUUGUCAAACCACAAUUCAUGACCCUGCAUUACUGUAUAAGGAGAUGAAACUUUUGACGGGCGUCCUGGAAGUGGGGCUCUUUUGUAACAUGGCAGAAGCAGCCUAUUUCGGAAGCCUGGAUAGCGACAGCGUAGAAGUGUGGAAAGCACAAAAAAAAAGAUGUUGA